UUGUGUGAAAUUGUGUGUGAAUGCAGCUGCCAAUCGAAGAGCCUCCUUUGUACAUGCGUGCCCCCCUCCUCUGACCUCUUGUGUGUCAAGGGGGGAGGAGACAUGGAGGGGUGGGGGGAGUCUUGGUGGACGUGCUCCCCAACGUAGAGGGGAGCCAUCGCACUCGAAGGUGGGCCGCCGCAAAGGAAGGAACUUCCGAAUCGCUCCCCGCUAGACUUUGUGACGUUGUGGUGUUUUAUGGAAACAUUGUCAUAUUUUUUGGUUGUUGUUGUUGUUGGGGGUGGGGGGUGGUGGGCGUGGUACUGUGCGUCUGCUGGUUUCAAGACACACUUGUGGGAAAUUCCACUCCCAAAAAGAAAAUAAGAAGAAAAAGGAGGAACAGAUCAAGGUUUUAGGUGAUUCGUCGAUGAGGAUUGUGGGGGUGCGAGAGCCUAUCCAAGGUGACACUCGGCGAGAGACAGGGUACACCAUGAACUGGUCGCCAGCCAAUCACAGUGAGUUUAAAAAAGGGUCCCGCAUAAUCUAGUCUGCUCGCCACCUCCCGGGUCUGGAUGUGUGAGGCGGCUUCAUGGGCAUGAGGGACAAUGUGGAGGAUGGGACAAGCCACAUUCUCAGCCCGGGGCUGCACCUGGACUACCUCCACGUGGACGGCUCGAGUGCCGGAAAGGACGCCGAGAAGGCGUCAGCGACAGCGGAGUCGGCUAUCGGCGACUCCGGCCUCAGUGACAGCACCAAUAGUUCGGAGAGCGGCAGCACUAGCGUCAGCAGCUUCUUCUCUGAGGAGAGCGGAGACAGCGAGGAUGAGCGUCUCCACAAUGCUUCCGCCCAGGCACAAAACCGGGACAACCCGGAGACGAGCACCGAGUGCCGCACCAAAGUGGACUUUGCUCUGAAGCUGGGCUACUCAGAAGAACUGGUGCUGCUGGUGCUGCAGAAAUUGGGCCCGGCCGCUCUCAUCAAUGACAUCCUGGGGGAACUGGUCAAACUGGGAACUAAACCGGAUCCAGUGGAGCCACCAAGAGGUGCGAGGGGCUCUCAGUCUCCUUUCCCCUCUCUUGAAUACUCCUCAGCGGACUCCUGCAGGCUGCUGUGCUCGUCCCGAAUCCUGGAGGACAAAGAAAACCUUCGGCCUGUGGUGGUGGAUGGAAGUAAUGUGGCCAUGAGUCACGGCAACAGGGAAGUGUUCUCCUGUCAAGGCAUCCGGCUGGCUGUUGAUUGGUUCGUGGCGCGAGGCCACAGUGACAUCACCGUAUUUGUCCCCGCCUGGCGGAAGGAGCAAUCCCGUCCAGAUGCUCUCAUCACAGACCAGGACAUUUUGAGGCAGCUGGAGAAGGACAAGAUCCUGGUCUUCACGCCGUCCCGCCGCGUGCAGGGACGCCGUGUGGUCUGCUACGAUGACCGCUUCAUUGUCAAGCUGGCGUACGAGUCGAACGGCAUCAUCGUCUCCAAUGACAACUACCGCGACCUGGCCAACGAGAAGCCGGAGUGGAAGAAGUUCAUUGACGAGCGUCUUCUGAUGUACUCCUUCGUCAAUGACAAAUUCAUGCCACCAGACGACCCGCUGGGACGCCACGGACCAAGUUUGGAGAACUUCCUGAGGAAGCGACCGGUCAUCCCGGAAAUCAGGAAGCAGCCAUGUCCCUACGGUAAGAAGUGUACAUAUGGCCAUAAGUGCAAGUUUUACCACCCAGAACGAGGCAGUCAGCCUCUGCGUUCUGUAGCCGAUGAGCUCCGAGCCAGUGCCAAAAUAUCCUCUGUGGCAUCCAAAGGCCAGUUGGAAAACACUCUGAUGGCCAGGAACCAAAUGGCGUCUGAGUCCAGGCAAGCAACCCCCAAAAAAGCAUCAAGGUGUCUCACUGAGCUCAUGGGAGACCAUCUCCGAGUUCAGUCCAAAAUAGAAGAAUGCAGGGGAAGUAGUAGAAGUACUCUAGGGCAUGCUGUACCUCGGAGGUUGCCUUUCUCAGGGAACCCAGAUGGAUGGGAUUAUGCACGAUCCUCAGGACCAAGACAAACUGAUUAUCAACCUGAGUCUCCAGUGUUGGGCUACAACUCUCUAGGGAAGACCUCACCUCUCCUGAGUAUUCCCACUCUGGAGAGUCCGGAACACUUCUACCCUUUGGAUACCCGAGCCAAGUAUCCAGCUUUUGAAUGCAAGAGUGAAGGCAGCUCUGAGUCCUUCUCAUCAGAUCUGGUUUUGAAUGAAAGGUCCAUGUCCCACCAUAACCACCUGCGCCACAAUCAUCCUUGCCCCUGCUCUAAUCAGUACAGAAGACCCAUAAAGCAAAGUCCACCUGGUCUGAGCCACGAUGAUUUGCAUGGAAUUAGACAACUGGAUUUUGAUAUGGAACAAAGUCCUUUCCAGUCCCUUUCCACUCGCAGUCCGUUGACUUAUCUGCCACUUCUCAGAAGAAACCCAGGAGAAUGUCUGGGUCCUGCACUUCCUCCACCCCAAGCAUCGACCUUUUCUCAAUGCUCCCUCCUGGCCAGUUCCAUUUGGCGAGAGGACCGACUGCAGGACUCUAGAGGGUACCAUCAAGGUUCGCUGUUUCCUACCAGGGGGAACCUAUCUGAGCUACAACAAAUGCAGACGAACUGGGACCAGCACAAUCAACAGCCCACCAAACCAUGCUACGAUUUCGCCCCGCUCCAGGAUCUUGAAGAGGCUUUUGAGAAAGUCUGGCCCACUCCACAGAUGAGCAGACAUUCGUCACAGUGUGGCCUCGUACCUUCACCCCAGAAGUGUUCUUCGUCGCCCCUGCAAAUAAAAACACAGUCACUGUACCUUGGGGAGUCCUCCUCGGUGGCUCAAUACCAGGACCUUCGGGAGAGGCUGUUCCUGAACCUCUGUGGAAUUUUCCCAGCUGAUUUGGUGAGGGUGGCGAUGAACCGGAACCCGAACGUGAUGGACGCCCAAGAGCUGGCUGCCGCCAUAUUGAUGGGAAAAUCUCAGGGUGGCUCUUGAACAACUUUUGAACCCAAACCCCCGAAUCCAAAAGAUUCCCAACGUUCAUGUAGCUUCAUACUUGGUAGUUCAUACUCACUCAAAGGGAUUAAUUCGCAGUUUUUAGUUGGAAAAAAAAAAUCUUGCUUCUGGACAAAGUUCUAGUUUUGUGGCCAAGUUCGAAACUCUGGCAAAGUUUCCCAGGUCUGGGGCGUAGUUUUUAGUCCUGGGACAAAGUUUCUAGUUCCACGGCAAAGUGAAAGCAACAGUAAGUGCUAUUUUUAGUAGUACAUAUUAAUACAUAACUAUGCUAUACUAGCACUUAAGAAACUUUGGUGGGGGUUUUGCAACUUUGUAAAGUGAAGCCAUUUACAUUUUUGUUAUUAUGGUGUGUGAGUCCAGGCUUUCAAGGGUAACGGUGCAUUUUGAAGUAAUUUAUUCCUUAUAUUUUAAGUUAUUUAUAUUCUAAUUAUGAUUUGGGCACUUUUGGUUGUCGAGUUGUUGCUUUUAUUUUUGGGCAAUCAAAUCAGGGUAUUACGAGAGAUAACGCAGCCUACCUCGGAUUAUUCGUGUUUGUGUCUGGUUCUUUUUCGUCGGUGUGGAAUUCCCCCCAAAAAAGGGAAGUUAAACCCACAGAAAAACUCCCCAAAAAAAUUGAAAAAAAAACCCAUCCCGCCAAAACUCCCUCUACUGAUUCCGCAAACGUCAUUCAUUGUUCAGAAUUAUUCAUCUGUUUUUAACCUAAAGCUUUGUUUAUUUAUGAACCAUUAUAUGGUUUUAAGAGGUCCUUCAUUGUGGUCCCUGAUGCCGUAUUUCCAUCUGAAAAGUUUCAGGAACUGUUUAGUUACGUAUUUCUUGGUACUCGGUAAUUCCUGAAAGUAAACAGUUCCAAUCAGGUUGGUGGACGACUCCAGAAUGCUAAGGGUAUUCACUUGGCCACUAAAUUCAGACAACAGUUUUUGUUGGUACUAGUAAAAGUUGCUGAUCCAGAGUGAAGGUUUCGGUUCAUAGUCACGGAGUAAAGUAUUUCGUUGUGGGACAAAGUGAAUAGUUCUGGAGCAAUCUUUUUUCUAGUUCCUGAGCAAAGUUUGUAGUUACGAAGAAAAAUGUAUACUUCAGAGGUAACGUUUGUGGUUCUGGAGCCCAGCAUCACAUUCUGGAGGAGAGUUCCUAGUUCUGAUACAAAGUUCCUGUUGACUCAGUUGCUGACUUGAAGGCUUAUUGAUGAUCAUUUCCAACCUUGAAGUUAUUCUUUAAUACACAAACAUGUCUUCCUUACAAAGGGAAAAUGUGAUCAUCUGAUUUCCAGUUGAUCAGUCAGAUUCAUCACUAAGCUAUGCUUUUCUUGAAACAAACUUUGUAUUAGCUUGGCAGUAUUUUAAAUCGGUCUUCUUUCACGCCAAAGCACUUUUGGAUACUACAGUAGUGUGAAAUGUUGAAAUAAAUCGAAAAAUAAUUUGCUGGAGUAAACAUGGGUAAAUUGGUGCCUGGUUGGGCUUAUGUUCCUGCAUCUUCUUUGUUGAUACAAAUUGUAUCUAAAUGACGAUGUUAACAUUUGUAUCAGAAUAUGCGAAUGUGUCUGUUUUUCCAUUUCCUGUGAACAUUCCAGAUAAAUGAUUUGUGCUAUGGUGAUGAUGAUUUUCAGUUUUUCAGACAUCGUUUUUCUGCGUGUCAGGCUCACGUGGGUGACUUUGACGUACAGAGAAAUAAAAAGUGUUGUCAAGCAACUUGCGUGAGGAAGAAAAGCCUGUACGAACUUUAAAAAGAUCAAAAUUCUGCCAUUGACUUUCAAUCAGAAUCAAGUAAAUUGUCAAAGACAAAAUAACUUCAUAAAUGACAUGCCGUAAGAUGAAAUAAAGUCAUGGAAUUAGGAAACAAAGACAAAAUGAUGAUGAUUAGGAAAUGGCGACAAUGGCAUAUUAUGUCAUCAAAUAUAUUGAUCUGAAUGUAAAAAAAAAAAAAAAAUGGAAAUAUAAAACAAAAUAGUGUCAUGUAAGUGAGCAAGAUAAAAGAUCUACAGCAAUGUCAAAGACAAAAUGAUGCCAUGUUGUAGGUACGACUAUUAUUAUUAGCAUUAAUUGGGAACAUUAAAAAAAAUGAUGCCAUGUCAUCAAGAGAAAAUGUCACGUCAUGAUUUCAGAUCAUUAAAGAUAUCAUUUGGUUAUGAUCAUCAUUAAUGAUGUCAUUUGGAAACAUCAAAGACGAACUUAUGUCCCAUUGUCAUUCAGAAUCAUCAAAAAUAUUGUGAUAUGAAGCCGUUUUGUGUAAAGGAAAAAUCAAGUGUGAUUUUGUGUUGUAAUUCAGAAAGGUCAAAGGUAGAAAUUAUUAAACAAAUUGUCAGAUGAUCACAUUAAAAUUAUAAAAACAUGAAAGAAUGGAUGAAUGAUGUAUGCACCUGUCGUAAUUGUGCUUUAACACAAAUUCAGCUUUCAUCCAGAUAAACUGUUUUUAUUGCCGAUUUAUUGUUUAUGUUCAGCCGGAAAAGGUAAAAAAAAAAAAAAUGGUACUGUCUGGUAAUAUGGUUUUCAGUCAUAUUGCUUUCAUCAUCAUAAUGUCUGUCAAAGAAAAAAUUGAUUUCCAUGCUUUCCUACUUCAAUAAAACCAAAAUCAUCCC